AUGCAGAAUUUAGAAUUAGAAUUUAAUAAAGCAUACAGCUUCAUCCUACUUCCAAAGAAAUCUUUAUAUACGCACGAAUGCAGAUCAACGCAGAUUGGAUCAAACUGUUUACUGAAAUACAAAACACGUUGGAUUGAUUCAAAUCAAAUUCUCGUUCAUGUCAUAAAGUUCAACAAAGAUAAAGAUUGUCCGUCUCCAAGAAGUACUAUUACAGUAGCAUUGCCUAUUGUUAUAUCAAUACUUUGUGUUGGAAUUGUAUCGAUAAUAAUCUGGAAAUAUUAUCAAACAUGGAGGGACAAAAGACUAUAUGAAUACUUACAAAAACGGAAAAGUGGAAAUCUAGCAAUGAAUCUCAGUUCCAUGUACAAAGACAAGAAACGAAAGAGCAGUGGCUAUAGCAAUGAACUGAAUAAUAAAAAUCUAGAUGUCAUGGAUGACAGUUGCAGUAGAUUGGAUGAUGUAUUUGAGGACGACGCGUUAUGAUUAAUUGUUGUUUACUAUGAUGUCACUGUGUUAUGAUUUAAAUGAAAUUCCAAAAUAUUAUCUACUAAA